AAAGUGGAGUGAAGGUGAAGCCCCCAGGACCAGGAUGGAUGUGUCUGUGGAUUCUCCUGGCGUGGGGCCUCCCAGGGCUGUGUGUGGCUGCCAGUGUGGCUGGAACCAAAGUGGAGCACGAAGGCCUCUGUCCCAACAAGCUCAACAAUAACCUGUGGGUGGAUGCCCAGAGCACCUGCGAGAGGGAGUGCAACAUCGACCAGGACUGUGCCGACUUUGAGAAGUGCUGCACCAACGUCUGCGGCCUCCUCAGCUGCGUGGCCGCGCGCUUCUCCGACGGUUCAUCAGCUCAGCCGCAGGGCGCUGGGGAAAACGCAGAGACCACGGCGGUGUCGACGGCCACCUGCGAUGGGUUCAUCUGCAGCCAGCAGGGGGCGACCUGCGACAUAUGGGACGGCCAGCCCAUCUGCAAGUGCCAGGACCGCUGCGAGAAGGAGCCCAACUUCACCUGCGCCUCGGACGGCCUCACUUACUUCAACCGCUGCUUCAUGGACGCGGAGGCUUGCAUCCGGGGGGUGAGCCUCACCGUGGUCACCUGCCGCUUCUACCUGGCCGGGCCGCACACCAGCCCACUGCCCCAGGAUACCACGGCAAACCCCACGCCCACGUCCUCGCAGGAGGACCCCUUACCGCCCACCUUGUACUCCAACCCCCACCACCAGUCCAUCUACGUCGGGGGCACCGUCAGCUUCCACUGUGACGUCUUUGGAGUUCCAAGACCGGAUGUGACAUGGGAGAAGCAGAGCGAACGGCGGGAGCGGCUGGUCAUGAGGCCCGAUCAGAUGUACGGCAACGUGGUCAUCACCAACAUCGGGCAACUUGUCAUCUACAACGCUCAGGUGUGGGACACCGGCAUCUACACCUGCAUCGCUCGGAACUCGGCAGGAGUCCUUCGCGCAGACUACCCGCUGUCAGUCAUCCGCAGAGCUGAGGACGACUUCUCCGAAGAUCCAGAGAUGCCCAUGGGGCGGCCCUUCUCUCCAGCCGACUGUCUGGCAGAGCUGGACCAGAGGGUGUGCAGCGGGGAGCGCCAUGUGGACUGGUACUACGACAGCAAAGUCGGCUCCUGCUUGGCUUUCAGCAACGGUGGAUGUGAUGACAGUCGGAACAGAUUCGAGACCUACGAGGAAUGCAAGGCCUCGUGCCAAAGGGAAGGGACGGGCAUUUGCACCCUGCCUGCGGUCCAGGGACCCUGCAAGUCUUGGGAGGUACGCUGGGCCUGGAACCCCGUCAUGAAGCUGUGCCAAGCCUUUGCCUACGGCGGCUGCCACGGAAACGCAAACAGCUUCCGCACGCAAAAGGAAUGCGAGUCAAACUGCCCUCAAACCAAGAGAAAAGCCUGCAAGACGUGCCGGGUGAAGGGGAAGAUGGUUCCCAGCUUGUGCCGCAGCGACUUCGCCAUCGUGGGCCGGCUGACCGAGCUGGUGGAGGAUUUGGAUUCCGGUCUGGCCCGAUUCAGCUUAGAAGAGGUCCUCAGAGACGAGAAGAUGGGGCUGACGUUCUUCAACACCAAACACUUGGAGGUCACCAUCGCCAAGAUUGACUGGAGCUGCCCCUGCCCCAACAUCACCAUGGAGGAGAGCCCCCUGCUGGUGAUGGGAGUGGUCCAAGACGGCAUGGCCAUCGUCCAGUCGGACAGCUACGUCAGAGCCAUCACCGAGCGCCGACUGAAGAGACUGCGGGACGUUGCGGUGAAAAAAGGCUGCCGGACGUCCUGA